AGCCGAGGAGUUUCCCGCCCUGUAGCGCCCGCCGCUUCACUCCCUCCCAAUCCCCCCUCCUAAACCCAGCUAGGUUUCCGCCUCUCUCACCAUCUCCAUCUCCAUGGCCCCGAAGCGCCGCCGUGCCCGUCCGGCGGACGAGAGCUCGACGCCGCCGCCGCCGCCUCCUCCCUUGCGGACGGCGCCUUCGCAUUUGCAGCCGGUGGUUGUUUUCGCCCACGGCGCCGGCGCCCCCUCUUCAUCCGACUGGAUGGUCCAUUGGAAGGAUAUGGUGAAGGAUGCGCUCGAUGCUAUCGAAGUUGUCACCUUUGAUUACCCAUAUAUGUCAGGUGGGAAGCGCAGGGCUCCGCCGAAGGCGGAGAAGCUUGUUGAUCAUCACCUUGGUGUGGUGAAGGACGCUGUAGCGAAGCAUCCAGGGCACCCACUUGUUCUGAUGGGGAAGUCUAUGGGUUCAAGGGUCAGCUGUAUGGUGGCUGAUUCAGAUGAUAUUAUUGUUUCUGCUGUCAUAUGCUUGGGUUAUCCGUUAAAGGGAGUGAACGGGGCAGUGAGGGAUGAGACACUACUGAAACUGAAGAUUCCAACAAUGUUUGUGCAGGGCAAUAAAGAUGGGUUAUGCCCUUUGGAUAAGCUUGAGGCCACUCGCAAGAAGAUGAACUGCAAGAAUGAACUGCAUGUUAUUGAUGGUGGUGACCACUCCUUUAAAAUCGGCAAAAAGUAUCAAGAGUCUACUGGAGUGAAUCAACAAGCUGCAGAAAUGGAAGCUGUUAAAGCUAUUGCAAAAUUUGUGCAGAACUCCAUAGCAGGAACCUGAACUUAGCUGUUUAUGUACUAUUUAGGGUGUUGCAAGAAUUAGUAUGUUCAUGCCUUUUGGUAUCACUUAGAUGUAAUAGAAAGCUAUUUUGCUAAGAUGGCAAGAAUUAAUAUGUUCAUGCACUUGGUAUCAUUUAGGUGUGAAAGAAAGCUAUUUUGCCAGGAUGCUAGUUUUGAUUUGCGCAUCCGCAUCCAACAUCUA